AUGCGUGUUGUCUCGUUGUUUUUCUUGGUGACAUGGACGACCAGCGUCUGUGCUCGUCAUGGCCACCAAGGUCGUCAUGAAGGCCAUCUUCGUCGUCAGAAUGCUGCUAGCACGGUCACUCUCACGACUACCAAUACUGUCUACGACUGUGCAGCGCCCCUGUCGACUUCGUCGAUUGACCCUGCCACGAUCUCGAAUGUGAUUCAGAUGGUUGUUCCUGUAACGGAUCAAGUUGGUUCGACUUCGACUUCAAGCGACAUUCCAGUCGCCGUUCCAACGUCGUCCUCGACGGUGGCUCUCCCUUCAGUGCCGACUUCCUCUAUUGCGAGUCAGAUCUCGACCGUAGCCGCUGCGCAUCCUGCGUGGACCGCAGUACCAUCUAACAAAGCUUACUGCACCGACGGGUUCGGUGUCCCCAGCAAAGUCUAUUCCGGCUCAGGCGAUACCUACGUUGGUAACGUCGGCAGUCCGUACGGAAGCAAUAUUAUUGAAGUGUCUGGAUCUGAUGCAAACCGCUACAAGCACGUCAUUCAGUUUCAAGGCUCCAAAGCCGACGACCUGGAAGUCGUCAUCUGGAACAAGAUUGGCCCCGAUGGAAAGAUGGACGGCUGGUAUGGCAAUGCCUGCCACAAUUUCACUCUUCCGGCUGGUGGCAUCAAGUACUAUGCUUUUGACUCCAAUACUCAGGGUGGUUUCGCAGCUGCCAAGGGCGCUAUCCCAUUGAACACUUGGGGCAGUUACGCUGCCACGUGGGGGGAGUUCGAUUUUGAUUCCACCAUCAACACAGGCUGGUCCGGCUUUGAUGUCUCGAUCAUUCAGGCACAGAACGCGGGACUUGAAAUCCAGGGGAUGAAAAUUUGCAGUGUGCUUUCUGACGGCACUUGCUCGACUAUUUCGAAGAAUGCUCAACGAGUGACCAACGCUUAUACCGCUGCUCUUGCUGAUGAGGGUGGUAUUGGCGGCAACCUCGUGGCUGGCCCUGUUCGUCUGGCCGCGGCUUUGGACUAUUGUGACUGA